AUGGGUGAGGAGGUUGACAUUGCUAGAAUAUUAGCAAAUGAGUUGAAGAGGGUUGCUCUAAACGGUACUAGUUUUGGUGAUAGGGCCAAAUGCCGGUUGAUUUUUCCCGGUCUGAUUAUGGGGCUGUGCAGGAAGGUAGGUGUGAGAUUUCCAUCUGGGGGACUAAUUCCCAUGGAUAGAGCCAUUGAUGAUGUUUUUGCUAACAGGUUUUGUUCUGCUAACCCUCGUGAGCAUUACAUGGAAGAAGAUCCAGAUAUACCAUUGAUCCUAGGAAGGCCUUUCAUGAAGACGGCACGAAUGAUGAUAGACAUUGAUGAUGGCUUAAUGAAAUUGCGAUACCAAGACGAGGAAUUAUGUCUUAAUCUCUUUGAAGCCAUCAAGCAUCCGACUAUCUUUUCCGACUUGAUUGAGAAGUGCAUUGAAAUGUUUCUGGAUGACUUCUCGAGUUUUGGUGCUUCUUUUGAUCUAUGUUUGAAAAAUCUUGAUAUCAUGCUAAGUCGUUGUGUGGAGUCAAAUUUGGUUCUAAAUUGGGAGAAGUGCAACUUUAUGGUUACCGAAGGAAUUGUGCUCGGCCACAAGGUUUCUUCAAGAGGCCUUGAGGUGGAUAAAGCAAAAAUUGAAGUGAUAGAGAAGUUGCCUCCUCCAUUGAAUGUGAAGGGUAUCCGAAUUUUUCUAGGACAUGCCGGGUUUUAUCGAAGAUUUAUCAAAUAUUUCUGCAAAGUUGCGAAGCCCUUGAGUAAUAUACUCAACAAAGGUACGUAA